UUCUAUCUUCAUUGGCUAAACAAGAAGCUACCUAUUUAUUUGUGGCAAAAAUAUAAUGACUUUGGCUAAUGCACAAGUAUUUUUGUUUCUUAUAGUGUUUUCCUUCAUGUUUGUCCUUAGUAUGGCAAACUUUAACUACACUUGGGCCGGAGGAAAGUGGAACAAAACCAAUUGCCCCUAUGGUAAUAAUCACCCAAAUGCAACUAAAACUUCAAAUAAAUUCAACGUUGGUGGUUCCGAAAAUUGGCAUUAUGGCUUCGAUUAUAUGGAUUGGGCUCGCAAGAAUGGCCCUUUCUUUGUAAAUGAUACAUUAGUUUUCAAGUAUGAUGCACCGAACCCAAAUGGAGGAUUUCCACACAGUGUAUACUUAUUACCAAACUAUUGGAGCUUCAUCAAGUGCGACUUGAGAAGGGCUAAGAGGAUAGCAAAUCCGAACCAGGGUGCAGGGAAAGGAUUCGAGUUUGUGCUGAAGAAAUCACAGCCCUACUUUUUUGCUUGUGGAGAGCAUGGGGGAAUCCAUUGCAACAAUGGUACUAUGAAGUUUGUUGUCAUGCCACUCAAACGUUGGCCUUUCCGAGUUACGUUGUCUUUACGGCACCAAAUACAAUACUUAGUAACUUUUUGCACUCUAGUUUUGUUUGGAACAAAAUAA